ACAAAUAGUACUGAAUGAUGUGAGAGAAACCAGUAGGAUUACUUUUCAUUCAUUAAAUAGUAUCGUUAAUUAAUUUUUAUUUUUCAUUAUUAAGUGUUAAAUUUUUUAUUAAUAUUACAAAAUGUCGAUCGCUACGAAAGGUAUCUUUAUUGUUGCUGCAAAGCGUACUCCAUUUGGAACAAUGGGGGGAGUUUUUGCGAAUAAAAGUGCUACUGAAUUAUCCGUUGUUGCAACUAAUGCUGCGAUGCAAUCAUCAGGAAUAAAGCCUGAAAAAAUUGAUAGCGUUAUUUUUGGACAAGUAUUAACGUUAUCGUCCGCAGAUGGUGCCUUUUUACCACGUCACGUUUUACUACAAAGUGGCAUACCAUUGGAAAGACCUGCAUUAGGAAUAAACAGAUUAUGUGGUAGUGGAUUUCAAUCUAUUGUGAAUGCAGCACAGAAUAUUAUAUCAGGUGAAUCAAGAAUCGUUGUAGCUGGAGGUGCUGAGAAUAUGAGCCAAGUACCAUUCGUUGUAAGAGGUAUUCGAUAUGGAACAGUAUUAGGUCAAAAACACGAGUUUGAGGAUGCUCUUUGGGCUGGAUUAUUUGAUAGCUAUUGUAAAUUACCUAUGGGUGUAACUGCUGAAAAGCUUGGAGCAAAGUAUAAUUUAACCCGAGAAGAAGUCGAUGAAUUUGCUUUGAGGAGUCAACAAUUAUGGAAAGCCGCAAACGAUGCUGGUUAUUUCAAAGAAGAACUUGCCCCAGUUACAGUAAAAGUAAAGAAACAAGAUGUAACAGUUUCUGUAGAUGAACAUCCAAGACCUAAAACGACAAAAGAAUCUUUGGCAAAAUUGAAUCCAGUGUUUCAGAAGGAUGGGCUUGUCACUGCCGGUUCAGCAUCGGGUGUUUGUGACGGCGCAGGAGCAUUGAUUCUUGCUAGUGAAGAAGCUGUCAAAGAAGAAAAAUUGGUACCAUUGGCACGUUUGGUAGGAUACAGUGUCGUUGGUGUUGAUCCCAGUAUUAUGGGAAUUGGACCAGCCCCGGCUAUUCGUAAUUUACUUAAAAUUACAGGUAAAACAUUGAACGACAUCGAGCUUGUUGAGAUUAACGAAGCAUUUGGUGCACAAACUCUGGCCUGUGCCAAAGAACUUCAAUUAGAUAUGAACAAAUUAAAUGUAAAUGGUGGUGCAAUAGCGCUUGGUCAUCCAUUGGGUGCAUCCGGUAGCAGGAUUACUGCUCAUUUGAUACACGAACUUAGGCGUAGAAAAGCUGGCAAAUUAGGAAUUGGUUCAGCGUGUAUUGGCGGAGGUCAAGGAAUAGCCGUUAUGAUAGAACGUCUUUAAACAAUUGAAUACGUUUUUUAUCUAUUAGUUAAAAAACAAAAAUGGUAAAAAUAUUUCAUACGACUGAAUAUCUUGGAAUAAAAGAAAAACAGAUAUUUUUGAUAUUUAAAUAUAUUGUGAUACGUAUUGUAUUUAUGAACAUAUUUUUAUACCUCUAACUAUGAUAUCUUAAUCAGCCGUUGCAUUUUGUAAUACCGUAAAAAUGGAAUAAGACAUUCGUAAGAUCUGCAAUUGAACCAUAACAAAAAUUUGUA